GCGACGCCAACAGGAGGAGGAGACAGGGUACAGUAGCAGCCAUGAGUCCGGCCUACAGCCGCGGCCCGCAGACCGUGCCCGAGGACGCGCUGUCCAUGACGCCCCGCGGCGGCGGCGGCUCGUCCUUCCUGGACGGCCUCUCGACGCCCCCCAGCUCGCACGGCAAACCCAGCUCCGUGCGCGCCAGCGACGUGGAGCUCACGACCCCCAAGACGCCCGAGGAGCUGCUGGAGGCGAGCGGCAGCCAGAACGGCGCGGGCGGCUUCGCGCUGCCCGCGCUGGCGCAGGACGAGCGCGGGCGCGGCCUCCAGCAGUACGCGCAACGCCAGCUGCAGCUGCCGACGCUGUCCCCGCACGCGCGCAGCGCCGGCAAGAGCAGCAGUCGCUGCCCGCCCCACAAGCGCAGCCAGACGUACGUGCAGCAGCUGUCGCGCGAGUCGGCGCGGGAGCUGGCCAAGACGGCGCUCAGCAUGCGCUCCACGUCCAUCGGCGACUACACGUUCGAGAACCCGCGCGAGGUGCCCGGCAGCAGCCUGCGCGAGAGCAUCCGGCGCGUCACGGCCUUCUCCAGGCGCGAGGCGCCGCUGGACACGGAGCUCAACACGGUCGUGCGCGUGGACCACCACGUCCGCAAGUGCGAGCUCCGGCUCGACCCGGAGACCAUCACGUGGUCCAGAGGAGGGAAGACGCUCGGCAUGCUGGUAACGGACGACGUCGUGGGCGCCGAGCUGCUGCCCAAGAAGAGGGCCAGCAGCUUCCGUGUGCACUACUUCAAGAAGGGGCGCGGCACGGGCGCCAAGGCGUUGCUGCGCACGCCCAGGCACGUGGACUUCCACUGCCUCGAGACCGAGGUGGUCGACAGCUGGGUCGCUGCCAUCCAGGAGCUCGUGCGCUGGCAGGCGCGCGCGCCGCCCAUUUCUGAGAAGCGGCUCCUGAAGGUGGUCGUGAACCCGCACUCGGGCAAACGACAGGCGCGGAGGAUCUGGGAGGAGAAGGUCAGGCCGUUCCUGGAGCUCGGCAACUUCGAGUACGUUGUCGAAGAGACGACCCAUUCCGGCCACGGAGCUGAGAUGGGCAAGGAAUACUCGGCCGAAGACGGCUUCGAGGCGCUCGUUUUCAUCGGUGGAGAUGGCACGCUCUGUGAAUUCAUGAACGGUCUAUUGACUCGACCCGAGCAUGAGUGGCGGGAGAUUGUGGCCUCGACACCCAUCUCGCUCAUUUCUGCGGGUACGCAGAACGCCUUCGGCACGGGCGCUGGUAUUCCAACUGUGAAUUCGGCUCUGUACUGCAUCUUGAAGCGCAAGAUGCGCCCGCUGGACGUGGUGACGGCCGUGUCUUCGGCCAACCCGGAGGUGGUGCACUACAGCUACUGCGGUCUGGGCUGGGGCGUUGCUGGAGACAUUGCAGCCGAGUCGGAGCGCUACCGCUGGAUGGGAACGCUUCGGUACGCCUUCCUCAAGGUUAAGCGCACGGUGAUUCUGCCCAAGAAGCACACGGGUAAGGUCCGCUACGUGCUGACGGAGCCCCAACCGCCGCUCAUCCGGUACGACGACUACCCGGACGCCGGUGCAUUGGACCAGUUCGAUGUCGAGGAGGGCAGCGUGUACGAUAACAACGACCGCUUCAGCACCCACCGCAAGUCGUGGGGCGGCAUUGCCGGCAGCAUUCAGAGUCCAGCGAGUCGCAAGCGGUAUCCAGAAUUCGUGUGGAAAGAGGACAGCAGCAGCUACGUCGUGGUGGGCGUCGUCAACAUCACGCCCGAUGGCGCCUACUCACACCCGUCGGACGGCAACCUGGACCUCAUCAUCACGCGCAAGGGCAGUCUUCUGGCCACGGCCAAGCUCUUCGGACUGUCAAGGCCGUGGAGGUCGAGCCCGACCAGCACGAGGACUGCAUGAACAUCGACGGCGAAGUGCUGGAGAACGGCCCCUGGCGCAUGGAGGUCGUGCCCAGCCUCUUCAAGGUGCUCUCCGAAAAGUAGGUCAGCCAGCCCCCCCCCACGAC